CUUGCAUUUACUCAAAUACCCACCAGAAUGUUGUCGAUGUAUGAGUAUGUGUUGCUCCUACUUUCUGUUUUUUAGUUUAUUCUCAAAGUUAGGCAGACCUUGGGCAAUAGCAUAAUGUCAACCACAUCUCCUGAGCCUGAACAAGAGGAGGCGAGCCCUUUCCGUUGGGGUCGCGACUCCGACUCUUCGUUCGAAGAUCACUCGUCUGCCAGUACGUCACCACCCCAUGCUCCGACGCUGGUGCUUGGAAAAGGCGGCAAAGAUGGGACGGAAGAUUAUGAGGCGUCCACCCCGACUAGAAUUUUUAUUUUUGUGUGUAAUCUUCACCUUAGUCACUAGCUAAACACUCGAUCUAGUGGAUGUGCUUACGGUUACAGGUGGCGGCCCCAACACAUAGGUGGCGUCACCACAAAGACAUUUCUAGCAACAUUUCGAUUCGAGCGGAAUGGUAUCGGUAUGCAAAUGGUCCGCCUACCAAUUUCCAGCCUUGUCCCAAGCGUCACCCCAGGCAUCUUGGGCCUCCUGGGUUGUCGUUUCCGCUGGCCGCUCGCUGCGGCCAUGUCUCGGCGACACUAGUUUGGAAGUGCGCGCAUGUCUCGGCUUCACUAGUUUGGAAGUGCGCGCUUGGUUUUAGUGGCGCGCCUGAGGUGCGCGCCGAACCUUGUAGGAGAGGCACGCGGGCUCGGUUUGCAUCCGGUUGGCCAGCUCUUUCGCGGGACUUAGAAGGGCUACAAAAGCCCGCGGCGACCUGGGAAGAAUACUAUACACGCGCACACCUUCGCCGUGUGAAUGAUCUGGGACAAGGUGCCUCCCUCAUGCGAGAGAUGAGAGAACGAAAAAGGAGGAGAGGAAGAAGAAGGCGGCGGGCCCAUACUGUGGCGGUGGAUGUGGAGGCGGAGGGGGUGGAGAAGUUGGGCGAGGAUCUGAAGCCGGGGCAUGAUGAAAGAAACGCCAAGCAGCACAGCCGGCGGCAUGUUGUUGCUACGCCGGGUGCAUUUCCAUGGGCUCCCGGACCCCAGCGCGGGGGCAGCUGCCACGUUUCCCCUUGCUCAAAAGUGGCGGGUGGGCCCAUUCGUGGACCAUCGUGCCGCAGGGCAGACCCUGCCGAUGCUGGUGAUGAACUUCACAGCCAGAGGCGCACGCAGGCACCAACUUGGACAGUGUGCUUGCUGGGGCCGCCCACUUUUACCGCAUGAGUGGAACGAAAGCCGGGCGAUGAACGAAGCCCAAGAGGCAGGGGCUCGUAGCUUGGUGCAUUGAAUGACGGGCGCAAGUUCAGCGCCUAGCUAUGCGCCAUGUCGUUCCGCUGGGGUUCUUCGGUCUGCAGUCGGACGGCAUCGCUAUCGCCGUAGCUUUGGACGCGGCGCGCCAAACUUUGCCGGCGGUGACGCAGUUCAAGCACUCGGCCAACCUUCUUGCACGGCGUUCGCUGUUUGGAAAGAUGACGCGGGAGGCAGCUUUUUGCCGGCGCGGACGGACUUGGCUGCGAUCAAUCUUUGGGGCCGCGCUUGUGCGUGAAUUGCUACACUACCUAGAGCGGACGCCUCGGCCCCCGUGUGUGUGAAAAUUAUGGGUGUGGACUUCUGGCGCCGGCUAUCUCGCUGCGUUUGGGGAGUAGUCUGUGACCAGGUGGGGGCGCUUCGUCUAUCAAAGAGAAUGGAGCUGCAUCCUGGAGACAGGAGCCGCUGACGCACCUAGUUCGUUAUCUGGCCUGGCUGACGCAACUAGAUGAAACGAAUCGAAGAAGCUCGCGCCUCGUGGGUGUAUAGUUGCUAGAGGCGCGCGCGGUCUGUGCAUGGAAAAGGGAAAGGGUGCCGGGCAGCAUGCGGGUGCGUCACGCUCGACGUCGAGCGAUGGUGUCACGCUGAACGCAGUGAACCAGCGCCAGGCAGCUCGCUCGGACUCAUUACCCUGCGGCCUUUUAUUUUUGUCAUUCUCUUCUCUGGAGCCCUUAGCUGUGGCUUCAUGGAUGUGCGCCAGCUGCUAAAUGGGGCUACCCACGGCGCGCGGUGGCUCUCUGUGACUGACGGGAUGCUGGCCCAACUCAUCCCGCGACACCUCCUCGCGUGCAAAGCAUGGCAGGCUUGGGCGCGUAGCAUGUUCGCCCCCCUUUUUACAACUGCGCCCCAUGAGUGGUUUUUCUUUAAUUGCAUCCAUAAUUCUAGGCUAGCAAUAGUGACAAACGUGAUCUUUGACAAGAAGAGGCCUAUGCCUUUGAAUGUUGAUAAAAUGAUCUUCAAAAUCAGAUUGAUCUUCCUAUAAUCUCUAAUCUGCAGACCACGACGGACGCCCUGUUCGUCUUGGGGAUAUCAGUCCUGGAGGACAAAGCGACACUUCAUCGCUGGGACCUGCAUUUUCUGAAGCCGGCGAUGAGGAUGUCGAGAUUCUCGAGCACUAUUUCGAAUACGUCGCAAAUCAAUGGGGUGUGGUAGACAGCGAUGUAAUGUUGAAACAGAAGGAGAAUGGUGGAAGUGCUUGUAAGAGUGGAGCACUUGAAUCUUCAAGCCUAGUAACUAGUGGCGCUCGACGUGGUGCGGCACUCACCAAUGAAGAUGAAGCAGAUCAUCUUCACGUCGACGAUUACAGUAAGUCCAUGUGGCAGUCCUAUGGUGCAUUUGCAGGCAAUUGCCAAAUUGAGAAAUGUAUCGUGUUUCUGGAUGAAGGGGAUGACAUCUUAGAUGUGCAGCGAUUGUCGCGACGGCCUAGACUUGCGUCUCAACAUAAUUCCAUGGCGGCGCUGGGAAUCAAGGCGAACGGUGUAUUGUUCCGAGGCAAAGAGCACACGAAAGAGUUUCUUGAGUCGUAAGACUACAGGAUGCAGUAGUGAGGUUGUGCUUUCUUUGUUAGUCUUACUUUUUAGUUCUCCUUCUCCCUGGGAUCCAAGCAGGCAUGAUUUCGGAUAGAUACGAGUGCUAAGCUAACUUUCUUCGUAGUCAAUCACGCACCUGAGGACUAGAGUAAUCGCUAAUCAUAUUACAUAACCAUACUGGAUUGCUUGUUGAUGAUGAUGACUCAGACAGUAGAAUAAAACUUCCCACUGGGUGUUUGAUGUUGGAUUUAUCCAGCUCCUCUUCAUACUACGACGAUCCGGCACCUGAAUGUUAUGGCGAGAAUAUUAUAUUAAAGUCUUUUCAAGUCGAAGUCAAUGAAUGGUUCCGGUAUUUGGUAACCUGAAUUUGAUCAUAAGGGAAAACAAGAAGAGAACCCUUAGGAUCAAAUUCAGGUAACCAAAUACCGGAACCAUUCAGUCAAAGAGAAAGCCAUGCACGGUUGUUGUUCUUCUGCCUCUCUUUAGUCUAGAUCUAGGAGUCAUUCAUUGUAACGAUAGCCAUCAUACCUUCGAUGCCUAUCGUACUUCCAUCAUCUUCAUGCCAUUGCUUUAUCGAUCGACCACAUCAACCCGCAAUAAAAAAAAGCCCUGCUCCUCUCUUGAGGACUCUCUUCUUCUAAUUCCGAAGCUUAAAUCCUCACUCCUCUCUUCUAAUUCCCAACCUUAAACCCUAACCCUAACUACUCCUUCAUCUUCUUUUUAAAGGAAUCCUCACCCUAAGCCUAAAUCCUCACUCCGGAAUCCUCUAUUCUUUUUAAAAGAAUCUGUUCUAAUUCCGAAGCUUAUUCUUUUUAAAAGAAUCUGUUCUAAUUCCGAAGCUUAUUCUUUUUAAAAGAAUCUGUUCUAAUUCCUCUUCUCUAUUCUUUUUAAAAGAAUCUAAAUCUUUUCUAAUUCUGUUGGUCAAGGUCAUAAUCCUAAUGGAUUCACAAAGAUCACAAGGAUGAAGAUCAGCAAAAUGACCAAGAUCGCCAGGCAAAAGGUUACCGGAGCACCAUCCAAACGCCCGACGGGUUUACCGUCGCGCGGGUGUCUCUGGCUUCUCCUCUCUCUCUCGUUUGUGGCUCAAGCCUCCCAAUACAGUCAAGGACAAAACAGCACCGGAAUGAUCUCAAAGAUAACCUACAGACCUAAAUGCAUAUAGUUCCAAAAACAGUGAUCAUCAGGCAAAGGACCUUCAACGUAUUCAGAUAGAAGAAAUGAUGAAUGUUUCAUAGCUGUAAUCAGGUUCAUAACGUACUGUCAGUUCUGAUCAAUGAUGAGAAUCAACAUAGGAUGAUCGUAUGAAUCAAUGAUGAUAGCAUAAGCGUUUCCAUAUGAAAGUUUCCCCAUGCAACAUGAUAUCCCAAUGAUGAAGCUGAGACUUCCUCCAUGUAACCCCAAUGAACAUCCACAGGGAUCAAAGCAGCCAGAGAUCAUUAGUCUCAGGCUGUGAGUGCAAAUUGUGCAAACAGUAUCACUCUCAAGUGUUUCUCACCGAGAAACUAGACGCGACUUAACAGUCUGUGUUCGAAUGUAUCCAACACUACUUUGACCCUUGAGCUAAGUAUAGAGUAGAAAUCCAUCUAGAAACAACUUUUCAAAAUGUCCUGCGAUGCGAAAGAAAUUUCGAAGAAACUCGGACAGAAGUCCGACUGGCGAGCAUGGCAACUUGCCAUACGUCAGGAAGCUAGCCGUCUCGGCCUGCUUCAAAACUACACGAAUGUAGUCGGCAUUCCGGCAGCUCCUCAUGGUAUUCCUAACGGAGUUACCAAUCGGGAGGAAACAAUUCGGCAGAAGUGGCGCAACCUGAAAGAUGCGAUUAUUCGUAGUCUGAAAGGUGCCGCUGCGUCGUUCAUCAACAACCAGAACGAUAAUGGGCAGGUGGAUGCGAUGGAUGCAGGUGAGGUUGUUGUGCUCCUUCGUGAUGUAGGACACUUCGAUCAAAACAACCGUCAGGAACAACGGAUGAAAGUAAAACCGCUUACGGAUGGCGUGUUGAAGUUCCACAACGCGGAUCAACCUGCAGAUGUCACAGGAUUCUUGUCGAAAGUCCGAGACAUCAUGAACCAGUCGCCCACCGUGUACCCGCCGGAAGCAGGAGUGCCAGAAAGUGACCAACAAAAUGGUGCACUGCUACAGAAGUUGCCAGAGCUGUUCUGCAAGAACUUCAAGGCAACGAUCGAACGCAUGCAGGAAGAAGAUGGUCUGACAUUUGACCAGAUUGGUGACCGACUUGAAAAGCGUCUUGCGACGUUGAUCGAGGAGGGAACCUACAAAGUUGAGAACGAUUCCUUCGGGAAGGCGUUCCCGGUCAAUGUUCAGGAGACCUCGAAUAAGCGUUCUCGUGAAGAGGAAGAUGACGAGGAAAAGGCCAAUGAAGGUGGUAAGAUCUUUCUGUCUAAAAGUGCUCUCAAGCGCUUCAAGGCAAACACAAAGAAGAAGAUCGCCGCCGAGGUCUAUGCCUCCAAUUCGAACGGCAAAGGAAAGCCGCAGAACAAAAAUAAUAAAGGUUCUGGAAAACAAGAUACCCGUCCAGUCUGUUGGAUCUGCAACAAACCGGGUCACAAAUCCGCGUCUUGUUGGAAGAAUCCACAGAACCAGGCAAACUGGAACUGGAACACCAAUUCCCAAUCUAGUAGUGCUAUGGGUAAAGGUGGAAAGGGUAAUGGCAUGGUUCACAUGUCCCAAGUUGCGGAGCUGUGGCAAGCUCUCAACGGCGGAAAGCAGAGCUGAGUUGCGGAACCGGUGGAAAGCGGAUUUUGCUCGCUGAACUUGGAUGAAGAUGAGGGUGAAGAAAUAAACGUAAAUAAUACAGGGGAGGUAAAACUUGUGGGACAUAGUCUUUCAACUAGUUCCAUUACUGCAAGAGAAGAAGUUAGUCUGGUUGAUAGCUGUGCAAACAAAUACCUUUCAAGACACAAGGAUGACUUUAGUGAAAUAACUAUGAGAACUUGUAGGAUUACUGGUAGCGCUGGAAGUAAAGACGGAAGAGUAGGAAAACUAAAGUCAAACAUCUUAGGGCUCCAGUAUGGUGUUUAUUAUGAUUCACUACCAAAGGACUUAGAUCGUAUUAUACCUUGGUUAGGUGAAGGGAACUGCUCGCAAUUAGGAUGGGAAUUCAACUUCAAAGGCGCAGGUGGUUGUCUCGUACAUACGGACACCGGCCAGGCCAUACCCAUAAGAAGUCAUCCACGCUUGCAGCUUCCCAUACUUGCAUGCAACUUAUUUAAAGAAGAGACUGAUAGUGGUUAUAUUUGUUCAACAGUAGAAGAAGGAGUCAGUAGUUGUUACCUUACAAGACUCGAACUUCAUAGAAGAUGUGGGCACUUUCAUAUAGAUGGCCUCCAGGUAAAUUGCCCUGAGUGUGAUCUACAUAAAGGCCAACGCGCACCACAUGCAAAAGCUAGAGAUACUUCGAACUACAAACCUGAACCAUUGAAGUUACUAGCAAUCGACUUUGCUGUUGGAAUCAAACCCGUAUCAGUCAGGUCAAAGAGAUGUGUAUUAGUGAUCAUCUGUGAUGUAAUUAAGAAGGUGUUCUGUCGACCGCUUAAGCUGAAAAGUGACUGUGUGGAGGAAAUAGAAGAAGUUAUCAAAGGCAUUCGCCAGGACUACUCCUUAUCACUUGAUGACAAGGUAGUGUGGUUCCUCCGGAGGGAUGGAGAACCUGUCCUGAGCAGUGAUGACAUGACCAAAGUUAUGCAAUCGCUGCGAGUCUCAGACAGUCCGGCUGUUCCUUAUAAUCCGGAGAUGAAUGGGACCUGCGAACGUUUUAUGCGGACUUUGUUCGGCAGUGUACGCACAAUGCUGACUAAAGUUGAUAAACGCCUCUGGUGUUACUGCGUCGAGUACGCUGGUGACUGCUGGGAUCGUUUACCGCAUAACUAUGCAAAAAUGCCUCAACAUGAUGGAAAGAGUCCAAUUGAAAUCUUAGAAGAAAGGACUGGUAGAAACUCAUCGAAGAGUUCAAUCGGCAUGCUCCGCCGAUUUGGUUGUCUAGUUUACUUUCGUGAACAAAUUCAAGCCAACACUCCUGAACCCAAGCUCUCGGCCAAGUACCGCCGUGGCGUCUUCCUUGGACUCUGUCCGAAGUCGUCUGGUUGGUUGGUUGGAACUUUCGCUCAUGACGAUCGUUGCAAGCUUGGACAUCGAUGGGCGGAAUACUCUACCCUAGAUGUAAAGUUCAGAGAGGACUAUCUAAUUAAAAAUAUCGAUUGGCUUUUGCCAGAUCAGAAGGGCAUCUACAUUGAGUAUGACGAACUGGAAAAUCUGCAGAGUGGCGCGUCGUCGCUGGGCUCCCCCUUGCUUGGACAGUCAGUGCAAAGGCUGGAUCAUCAAUCGGGGUUCUCUGGCACGGAGCACAUUCCAGGUGGACCGACCGCGAUUUCCGACGAAUUAUUUAUUGAGACACUGGAUAAAGUAGAGGAAUCCAACGCAGCUGACUCUCCAAAAGGUGUUUCACUUGAGGAGGGGAAUGCUGAAGCGAAGGAUCGCGAGACAUCUGCUCCGCUAAGUCCGUCUAAGUCGAAAGCGCCUUCUCCAGCACGUGUUGUGGCAGGCGAACGCCGUACACACGUCAAGAAGCGUGGCCGACCAAAAGGAGCGAAGGACAAAGCAGGCAGCAGGGUUCGAAGAACAAAGAAACAGUUAGAAGAACUGAGAAAGAAUGUGGCGCUGUUCGCUAGUGCAGUAGGUGGCACGUGUGAAUUAGACGAAGAUGAGGAAUUCGUCGAAUCAUAUGUGAUUUUGUCCGUUGCUCAAGCACUCAAGUCUCCUGAUGCCGACAAAUGGCGGGAGGUUAUUGACAAAGAGCAUGCGAGACUGCUAGCCUUUGAGACGUGGAAAGAAGCUUCUGACGAGGAGCUUGCGACCGCGCGACAGGCUCUACCAAUUGCCAUAAUUCUAACUAUUAAAAGAUGUGGAAGAUACAAGGCUCGCGCUUGUGUCCUCGGUAAUCUAGAUCGUUCAGGAGAGCUAAACACCUUUGCUCCCGUAGUUUCACACGCCGCUAAUAGGCUGCUCCUGACAUCUGCUGCGUCAGAACAGGACUAUGUGAUCCCGUUCGAUUUAGAUUCUGCGUUCCUCAAUGCUGAACUCGAUCGCGAUGUCUUCUGCCGUCUCCCACCCAUCUGGGCAGAGAAGCAUGGACGCGAGAUCGUGAAGCUCAAGAAGGCCUUAUACGGCUUGAAGGACGCACCACGAGCAUGGUUCAAGAAAUAUCACGACAUACUAGCCAGUAUUGGCUGGGAGCCGUGUGAUUCUGCGCCAGGCUUAUGGAGAAAGCCGAGUGCGAAGGUACCUGGGAAGUUCCUCAAGAUGUCAGUCUAUGUUGAUGACAAUCUUGCAACGGGUCCUGAUCUUGAUGAGCUCAAGACCGAACUAGAACUCAUCUUCUCGCGUGCCCCUGGCCGUGCGAUUGAUGUGGAGUCCGUUCCAACCCCUUGGGGUCAAACGUGGCUCAGGUUCGACUUCUUAGGUGCCAUCGUGUACUACUGCCGUGAAGCUCGAACAUUUCGGCUCAAUAUGGAGGAGUACAUUGAUAAAAUCGCAAAGAAAUUCGAAAUUGAUGUCGGAAAACCGGUUUACUCGCCCAAUUUUGACGAGUCGGCUUUUCUUGAGGAGGGGAUCAAGAUAGUCGAAGGGUAUCCCUUUCGUGAGGUAGUUGGUGCCUUGCUAUGGGUAGCUGUAACCGCGCGCCCGGACAUUUCUGUACCGGUGGCAGCAUUGGCUAGACAUGUCAGCAAACCCGCGUCAACAAGAAUGGUUAAAGCAGCCAGAAAAGUGCUAAAGUAUCUGGUGACAACGAGAGACCAAGGACUGGAAUACUCACCAGAACAAGAAGAAGAAUUCAAUAGAAUCUAUUCAAAGUUACUACCUGAAGGCAGAGAUAUGCCAGAGGUGAAUAUCUUUAGUGAUGCAGGUUUCGCCAACUGCGCAAAGACUAUGAGAAGUACAAGUGGAUCGAUCAUGUAUUUCAAAGGCGUUCCAAUUGCUUGGAGAAGUAACCGACAAACUGUCCGUGCCUACUCUACGGCUGAAAGUGAAUAUAUUGCAGCUUCUGACACUAUCGUGCUUAGUGAACUGCAUGACUUUACAGACUUCUAUAGGCCUCUACCAACUCAGUUGGUACACACACAGAACGGCUUGUCUCCCUCUUUAGACAAUGCUGUGCUCUGGAUCGACAACCAAUCCGCGAUCACAACAGCCAAAGCAACUGACACACGCCCGAAGAGUCGCCAUUAUGCACUUCGCUACUUGCGUGUGCGUGAUGCGGCCAGUAAGAUAGUUUUCUGUCCAACUAACUUAAUGAAGGCUGAUGGCUUAACUAAGUUAGAAUGUAGUUCGUCUCAACGUAGACUACUACUUCACCAUAUAGAUAACCCGAUAACUAAAGUUGAGUAUGAUGAUUGUGAUUCCUCAGACGAUGAAACGAAUGGGGAUGAUUUAGCUUACUAUAGUGUAGUAUAUUCGGUUUACUUUGGUUUCUAGCCGAGUAUACCGUAGCCAUAGAAGAGUAGUUAGGAGAUAUGACUUCCGUGGUAGUCCAGAAGACUAGGGACUUCGACACGCAACGAUUGAGGAGGGGUGUUGGUCAAGGUCAUAAUCCUAAUGGAUUCACAAAGAUCACAAGGAUAAAGAUCAGCAAAAUGACCAAGAUCGCCAGGCAAAAGGUUACCGGAGCACCAUCCAAACGCCCGACGGGUUUACCGUCGCGCGGGUGUCUCUGGCUUCUCCUCUCUCUCUCGUUUGUGGCUCAAGCCUCCCAAUACAGUCAAGGACAAAACAGCACCGGAAUGAUCUCAAAGAUAACCUACAGACCUAAAUGCAUAUAGUUCCAAAAUCAGUGAUCAUCAGGCAAAGGACCUUCAACGUAUUCAGAUAGCAGGAAUGGUGAAUGUUUCAUAGCUGUAAUCAGGUCCAUAACGUCUUGUCAAGUUCUGAUCAAUGAUGGGAAUCAAUGUAGGAUGAUCGUAUGAAUCAAUGAUGAUAGCAUAAGCGUUUCCGUAUGAAGCAUAUGAGAGCUUCCCCAUGCUACAUGAUAUCCCAAUGAUGAAGCUGAGACUUCCUCCUUGCAACCCCAAUGAAUAUCCACAGGGAUCAAAGCAGCCAGAGAUCAUUAGUCUCAGGCUGUGAGUGCAAAUUGUGCAAACAGUAUCACUCUCAAGUGUUUCUCACCGAGAAACUAGACGCGACUUAACAGUCUGUGUUCGAAUGUAUCCAACAAAUUCCGACUCCUCUCCUCUAUUCUUUUUAAAAGAAUGAUCUAUAAAUCUUCUUUUCAAUCUAAAUCAAAAUCUGUUCUAAUUCCCAAGCUUAUGUUAGGGAGCCAGAUUGCGUGCACGCCUGUCUGCGAGCGGUGGGAGCUAGUGUCAGCUUGUUUCCAAAGCAUAAUAUGCACGGGUACAUCGAAGCGGUGCAAGUGCUGAAAAGCUACCAGUUAGUGUUCGAGCUGGACUGUGCUUGGUUAUGGAUUCUUCUUGACUACUUUGUUCUUGACUUCUACUUGACAUGUUGGGUAUGAAAAUCGCAGAAAGUUUAUGUUAAUAUUUUUUAGAAAAGAAAUUUGGUUCUGAAACGCAGAUUAGAAUUACGUAGAGGACAUAAAUGGCUGCUCCUCUUUCUCAAGGGUUCUUACUGGUUCCUUGCACGAAAUCAUCAUGGUAGAAUGUGGCUAGAAGAGGGUGUACCUGAUAAGAAGACGAACUUUCGAGAUGUCAUCAUGGUAGAACGUGGCUAGAAAAUACCUCUACCUGGGUAGAACGUGGCUAGAAAAUACCUCUACCUGAAGAAGACGAACUUUCCAAUCUCUUCUAACGUAGACAGCGACUGCUUUGCGUGAGGCCUUGCACGUUGUGGGAAGCGUAUCCACAGAGUGCGUUUUGCGCUUCGACUUUCAACAUUGUGGUGAUUCUGGACAAGAAAAUAGCGGAGACGACGUCGAUAUCGGUGUCCUAGGUUUAAGGGUAGGUUAAAGGUGCUUUUCUUACCGCUUUUUAUGCCUCUCUCAUCCUUCUAAGGGGGAGAGAAAGGCAAAAGAUGAAGCGGGGGAACCCGCGAGCACCAAAAACCUACCUCUAAUAGGUACUGUUCAGGAGGAUGACGAAGAAAAGGACCAGGCCGAUGGACGCGAUGACGUCGACAAGGCUCUACUCGAAGAUAAGGCCGAAGACAAGGCCGAACGUGGGCGGCUAAGCCUCAUGCGCGAAAUCGCGAAAAUGAGGCAUGCACAUGUAAAAUUGUUGCCCUCGGGACGUGAGCAGCAUAUGAAUCUGCAGUUUUUGCGCGCCUUUGGUCCCGAUAGAUGCAUCUAUGCCAGCGGGUGGCAACCAUCUAGUAGUUCUAGUUGUACUGGUGAAAUAUACUGCGAUGAUCAUGAUACUCCAACUAGUCGUGGCACCAACCUACUACAGGAGAAAAGGUGCACCACCACUGCUACUACUAGAAUGGAGAAAGGGGUUACUGCCGUUAUAGCAGCAGUUGUAGCAUCUUAUCAAAGCGAAUCAGACGGGUUGAGGGAUAGACCGAGUUCAAGAGAGAGCAACUGGACCCUGGGAUACGGUGCUAACUGGUCCUUUGAUUAUGGGCAAUUAUAUAUAAAUGAAGAUUUUAGUAUCUUCUAUCAGUGAGGACUAAUAAGGGUCCAGUUGCUAACUGGUCCUUUGAUUAUGGAUCAUUGGACAAUAAAUGAAAAUAUAUUAUGAAAUGGUCGUUUCCUAAUCCUACUUCUCUCUAGCAUCAUUGAUGCCACAAGGAACCUGCACUGGCCCGAGUACUUACAUCAAACCGGACAACUAGGACGACUUAAGUCUUACCUUUUUAUAAAUAGAUAUCAGUGAUUCUUGAUUAAUGAUUACUACUUGCCCGCUCGAGUACUAGACUGUGGCCCCACCUCUUAUCCUCUAAUCCCAGGAGGAAGCCAAGCACGAGUUACGCGUGCGGCUGACGUUGGAAAACAUUUUCAGACGUAAUGCUGAGAGGAAGUACAUCAUUUGAGAAGGGCGACUGAAGCUACAAAGGCAAAUGGUUCCCCAAACAGAUUUCUAGGAAUUCUUCGAGACAUGUGUAGUGUGUAGAUGACCAUUGUAAGGACGAAAAUCACAAGGACCCUGUUGAAGGGCAUCCUCCAAGAUGACAAGACAAUAAAGUAAGGUGCAAGAUGAAAAACUCUCACAGUAUUGAUGAUUGAUGUCAGGGUGAAGAUUCAUCUCCUGUGUGCUGCUGGCUUGCCGGAAACCUUAAAACGUUUCUUCGAAGAACAGCAGAUAGAAGUGAUGUCGUGCUGUACCUCAGGUACAUACAUUCAAGUCAAAGAGAAAGAAGAGCGAUCUGGGUCUUUUACUGCAUAAGUACAAUGAUAGAUGAUGAUGGAGAUUCUGUGGUACCCUGUUUAAAAAUAUUUGUGUUUGUGCAUGUAGUGCCGAC